AUGUUUUAUGGAAACUUUAACCGAGAUGGCAAAAGAAUACGCAUAUUUUUGACACUGUGUUACCUAAUCUACGUUCAAUCUCUGGACUUUGACUCGGCAGUUUGUCGGUGCACGACCAAAUCCAAAUUCGGUAAACCGUUUGUGGUGUUAUGGAACUCCCCGACUGGGGGAUGCCACGUUAAUUUUAGCGUCAAUAUUGAACUGCAAAAGUAUGGAAUAUUGACAAAUAGUAACCAGACUUGGGACGGUGAAGUGGUUACAGUGUUUUACAAUGGACAACUGGGGUUGUAUCCGUUUUAUCGCGAUGAUGAUAGGAAGCGGAAGUAUAAUGUUGGCUUACCUCAGGUGAGAUACAGGUAUAGGUUUUGUAACCUUUUUGUGUUAUUGAUCAAUUAUCUAGUGCGGGUUUUCUUCGAUUGAAUGAUUUGGUAAUUGAUUGAUGAAUUUGUUGAUUCAUCGAGUACAGUAACACGUGGUAUUUUUCGUUUAAUUAAUGAUCGCGGUGUUCAAACGAAGUUUGUCACUUUAUAUUCUCUGUGUGAGUUUGUUCGACUGUUAGUCUGUUCGAAAUCAUAAGCCUUGGUGCAUGCUGAUUUAAAAAUAGUAUGUCUUAGAGCUUAUGGCGCACUUGCCCUAGGCACCGCGCUGUACUACUAUUUCUGGUUGACGAAUUGGUUGAUUGAAUAACGUAACUAAUUACUCGCCUAAGAGAUUGACGAUUUAAAUGAUUGAUCCAUAAUGAAUUAUUUUAAUUAAUUGAUUUAAUAACUAAUUGAUUGUUAUUGCUAAUUGAUGUUGAUUAACUGAAGAAUUGAUCGAUUGGUUUAUCGAUUAAAAAUUUACAGUUGAAUUUAUUGAUUGCUUUACAAUUACUAUGCAUUUAUCAAUUGAUUGAAUAACUAAUCAAUGAUUAGAUUAAAUGACAAAUUUAUUGAUAUCUUCACAAAUCAUCAAUUGAAAAAUGUUGAUUGAUUAACGAAUGUAUUAGUUGAAUGUCGAUUAGUUGGUCUUCGUUCAUUGAUUGAAUGAAGAACUAAUUGAUUGGUGACGAGUUGACUUAUUGCAUGCUGGAUCGAUUCCUCAUUUAUUAAGUGGGUGAAUAAUUUAUGUUUGAUUUUGCAGAUUGAAUGACUGGCUUACCAAUUAAUUGAUUGAUCCAACAUAUUUUAUAAAAUACUCGUUUACAAAAUGGGAAUUUUCAAUGCGCAUGAUAUACAAACAACGACAUUCAGUUACCUUCAGAGAACUAAACUUUCUGAGUGUGGUUGCCCAUUGUAGCUCGUAAGCCCAUAUGGACGCUUAUUUUAAUAUUUUGUUGCAUAAUUAUAUAUAUUUAGCUGGUGAACGUAACAGAACAUCUUAAGAGAGCAUCUCGACAUAUUGUGGAAAAGAUACCCGAACCUCAAUACAGCGGCCUCGCGGUAAUAGACUGGGAGGGUUGGAGACCUCUCUGGGAGACCAACUUUGGCAAGAAACAUCUGUAUCAAAUUGAAUCAAUCGCGUUGGUGAAAAAAGAAGGAAAAUUAAGAAAAAAAACUAAAAUUAGACUGGAGGCAAAGAGAAGAUUUGAAAGUGCUGGAAAACGUUUGAUGAUUGAGACAAUUGAGCUGGGAAAGAAGCUGAGACCACGGGCAUUAUGGGGCUUUUAUGGAUUCCCAGACUGCCACGGCAAUUGUACUGAGCAAGUAAGUUGAUUGGUUGAAUAAUUGAUAUAUUGAUCAUUAAGGAUUGUUCGAUUCAUUAUUAAAUAUCAACUGAAUAUUAUUCAUUGACUGCUAUGAUUCGUACCUUUUACAAUCAGUGAUGUCAUAGAAUUAUUACUACUUUGUUAGGGGUGGUUGAUUAGAUUCAUCAGAGGAAAUAAUACGAAACUGAUGCGAUUAUUAUUAAUAACUGAAACUGCUCAAAACUUGCAUGACAUCUACAUAUUUCUUGCUUUUCGACUAUUAUCUUACAUAUUUCUUGCUUUUCACUUUAUUUUCCCCAUUUUUUCCCCGCCUCGUACCCCUAUGCUUUUUAUCAUUUUGGUUUAGUUAAUUAUGAUACAUUUGAUAUUUUAGAAUUGCAGCACAUUUAAAAUAUAUUAUUUAAUAGACAGAUUCAUUUCAUCUUUUUAUCUACAUCCUAAGAUGGGUCACCAAACUUAUUGGCAAAAUUUGUGAUUUACCUCCAGCCCACCCUAGCAGUUACUUAAUGACCAGUCCCUUAUUCAUCCAAAACAUUCUCAUUGUUACUACCAUUCAGAAUAAAAAAUGGAACAACAAGCUACAUUGGUUAUUCAAAAGCAGCACAGCAUUAUUUCCUUCUAUUUAUUUAAUGGAUGAUGUCUCCGAUAACAACAAAUAUGUGGCAGACAGACUGACAGAAGCAUUUAGAGUGUCCAGGAUCACAGACGGUCCCGGAUAUAGUCAUGAAUUGCCAGUGUUUCCAUACUUAAGACCUCUAUAUCAUUUUGGAGCGCGAGAGUUUAAAAUGUUGAAUGAGGUAAGGGCACUGAUCUCAGUGAUAUGCAAACAGAACUUUAGUGAGUAUUUUUUGUACUAGGAAUACACCUGGAGGUCAGCCGUUUCUGAAAGACCACGACCUUAAGGAGGACGUUGACUAUAAUAUAUUUUAGUAUCAAUGCAUGUCUUAGGAGCUGAAUGUGGCGUCUCAGAUAUCAGAGGCAAAACUAGCUAUGGCAACAGCUCAUGUUGACCAGUUGUUAUGGCUAGCUUCGCCACUGUUCAGAAGGCGCGGUCACUCUAACGACUGUGCCAGCAACGCCUAAAUUUAUGAAAACAAAAUGUUCUUGCUGGAUAUCUAGGACAACAGUACAGUCAUAACUAACAGAGUUAUCCAAUAUACAUAAAGUAACAUAGCUUAGUUUUAACUUUGGCUCUAUCUAAACUAGUAAUAAAAUUUGCUGGCUAUGUUUCAGGAUGAUUUAGAGAACGCAAUCGGUCAAACAGUGGACUUUGGUAGUGCUGGAUUAAUACUCUGGGGCAACCAUCACGAUGAACGCACAUCAAGAGAGAUCUGUCUCAAAUAUAACGACUACGUGAAUAACAAACUUGGCCCCUAUAUCACCCUGCUUACGGAGGAACUAGAGACAUGUAGUGAACACAAGUGUUUUAGUAAUGGGAGAUGUGUUGAAGAAGCUGUAGCUGGCGACGGGUUUGAUGAGAAGACGACGUGUAGAACAAUAGUUAAAUAUGGAACUGUUUUCAAAAUGGAUAACACGACAUCAGGUAAAACGUUGUCAAUUAAGUUAUCAAUGCCUUUGGUAUCCACUUGACUUCUGAAACUUUUGUGCGUUAGAUGAAGUAAAAUAUUGAAGUACCACUAAUCUGGGUGCUGGGUGCAUGAGAGUUAACAGACACUUCCCGGAGGUGCAAGUCAAUAGAUCCAAGUUUGGUCAGAUUAUUCUAACCAUGCAUGUAUAAAAAUUUACCUUUUUCUUCCCACCCCUCACCCGUGUUGCAAAAUAAUCAAGAACAUAUCAUAUCUUACCUUUUUUACCUUACCUUAAUAAUUCCCUUCUUUUCCUUUUUGUAUAUGUGUAAAAAGAAAUCCACCACGAUACAAGACAGAUGCCCAAGUCAAAUACAACAACGAACAACAGGAAUACCACAUCACAGAAUCCUAGGAAUGCAAAAAUGAAAAAGUAUGACUCAUUGAAUACAAACAAAAAUAAGUUAACCGAAAUAACAGGCAACCAUGAGAUUUCAACUUCACUACAAAACACACCUCAAAUUAAAAUGUCAAACAAGAUACUGAAAGAAAUGUUUGAUUCGAGUCCAAAUGAAACUAGGAAAAAAGAGACAAGAGAUCCGGAUUGGAAUAAAAAUUCCUUAUUGGGUCAUAACAAGAAGCACAGGGUUGAUUACAUAUCUAUAAAUAAUGCAUUGGGAAAUAUAAGUGAAAGUAUAAGACAAAAAAUGCUGAAUGGGAAGAGAAGAAACAGUAGUCAGGCAAUUCAAAAAGAAAUUGGAGCAAAAAGGUAAGGAUGAUCUCUAUUUAAUCUACUAUUAAUUACUGUCUGUAUGAAUCUCUUGAGCGUAUGCGUAAUUGUUUCCCAAGUUUCUUCCACAAAUAAGAUACUUAACAUAUAAAAAAGCAUACAACGAAUAAUGCCAUCUCGUUAACUCAAGAUACGAGUUAUUCAAAGAAAACAAGACACAAAUUAUGGUGGUGAUAUUUCGACUCUAUUUCAGGGUCAUUGUCAAACAACUUUAUUUACAAACGUGCUCAGAUCUUUAUAAGGAGAAAUAGGAAUUCGAAGAUGCCAUAAUCAACUGGAACGGAAGACAGAAGAAACAAAUAAAUUACGGAAGAAACAAAUAAAUUACGGAAGAAACAAAUAAAUUACGGAAAAACAACAAGUUCUUUCGAUGACUUUAAACCACUAUUACUUAACAUGCCAUUUAAGAUCAGCAUUUCUUUUGCGCAAAUUUUAGCUCAUUUUAAGGCCAAGGUUGGAAAAAAAUAGUAAAAAGCUAAAAAUUGUUAGAUGCAAUCACUUAACUAUCCUGAACAAUAUACUAAAAGUCCCGAUGUAUCCCUCUUGGAGCUUUUUCCAUUAUGACAAGGUUUUUUUUCGAUUUCCGUAUUACUCCCAUAUUUUUAAAAAACAUGAAAUUUCAAGUUCACUCAUAACAAAAAUGACUCGCAUCACUAGAAAGCUCAUAAAAACUACAUAUAAGACAUUUAAACAGUCACCUAAAUUUUUCAAGCGGUUUUCGAGUUAUUGAUGUUCCAUAGGCCAAAAUCUGGCAAAAAUCCUGGGUACUAGUCUGACAACACGUUUCCAACAGCUCAUAACUCAAGAAGAACUUGCAAAAUCAAGCGGUAGCCGUUUAAAUGUCUUAUAUGUAGUUUUUUGUAAGUUUUCUAAUGAUGUAAUUUUUCCUAUAUCUAAAUCAGGAAUCUGAAAUUUCACUUUUUUAACAAUAUAGGAGUUCAAUAGGGAAAUCGAACAAAAAACUUGUCAUAAUAGAGAAAGCUCCAAGAGGAUAUUUUCCGGGCGAGAGGAAGCAUUUGUGGUUUUGACAAUGCCUAGUACCUUCCAUUCAUUUUUUAUUUAUUAUUUCUUUCUUGCAUUUAAAUAUUCUUAAGACCAUUAAGAUGCAUUGCUGCAUAAUUAAUGGCUUAACAAUUAACAUUACCAUGCCAUUACUCUGUUUCUUAGAUCAGAAACAGAAGUCAACACGACAAACUCUCACAAGGGACCCACAUCAAAACAAAAACAGUCCCGGAAACGUGGCUACUCCGCAACAGUUGGAGAAGAAACUGCCGUACGUGUCCCAGGGGUAUAUAUCAUCUUAAUCACUGUCACCCUGGGUGGAGCGUUACUAAUGACAAUUAUAUACGUCGCUAUAUAUUACACUGUCAAUGUCAGAGGAAGGUCACAUGACAAUAGCUAUGAUUAUGAGUAUGGGUCUGGGGAUGAGAAUCCAUUCUCAGUAGAACCACACAGUCCGUGGUGGCAUGACGAUGCCAACCCAGCAGAGAAACUGUUGAAAAGUAAAAAGGACAAGAAAUGA